GGAGAUUUACGACCUCCCAAGUGACUAAUACGCUGAAUGAGCUAAACACAGCACCCUGGACUCUUCCACUUUCAGUAUGAGAGUACUGCCGGGACUCUCCAAGGACAUACCCAUGAGGAUCUGUCACAGGGCUCAGAAGGUAAGUCAACCUUUGCACUGAUUUGGAGAGUGGUGUUGCUGUCUAAAUGCCACUUCACAACAGAGAUGGAGAGCGAUUACACAAGAUGCAGAAUCUUCUGGAUCUACCUUGUGACUAAACUGUGAAGCCGGAAAUGGAAACCAUUUACGUGGUGUCUUUAGAGGGACACCACUCUCUGUCAAUGCCAGAGUCUCCCAAAAUGACCAUUUCAACAGCUACAUCCUCAGAGGUGAUUGCAGGGGACAUUAUGCCACCCUCAGGCGAUGCCCCUGUGGAGAACGGAAAUGACCUAAAACUGUCUGAGCCACUUCACCACGAGACUGAAGGCAGAUUUACUCAGAUUCAAAGACAACAGGAAGAGACAGGUGCAGUUGAAGUGCACCAGCAGAGUAAUGGAAGUACCAGGGGAUUUUCUGAGCUUAACUGUGUCUCAAGCUCAGGCUCCCUUAGUCACUGUCCAGAUGAGGAAGAACAUGAGUUUAGGACCCAGAUGCACCAAAAUGAACCAGAACAUAUACAAUUACCUGUAAAUGUAAAUACGGAUUCAAGUAGUCCUGAUAUGAUAGAGAAAGACAUAGAGGAACCAAAUGCCAUUUUAGUUACAAAUAGUACUGUGGAAAAUGGUCACAACUUCAGCCAUUCAAAUAUGGAGGAUCUGAGGCUGAUUGGAGUUGUGCCGGAUGUUUCUCAGAGUGACGGCCUUUCAGCCCACCGCACUGUAAAUGGCCAUGGUGUCAGUGUCUGGCCCCACACACAGUUACCUUGUCCUGCCCCGUCUCUGGUGGUCAUCUUGGACAAAUCCGUGACUCUAAGUGACCCUGCUCUAGACACAGGCCAGGGGCUAGAUCUACCCCGUAUCAUCAAGCACAAGCCCAGCUCUAUCACCUUCGCCGAUUACGACUGCCCGCCGUGUGGCCAGCAGCAGAACACCAACGAGAGCUCGGACGGCCGGGAGUCUUCCUCAGAGGAUGACACCAACGACGCAGGCGGCGACGACGAGGAUGAAGAUGAGAACGACAAGGACAUGUUUCCUGAGCUGCCACAGUCCAGGGAGUUCUUGGCUGCCCAGAAGUGGAGGAGUAAAGAGCGGCCCAGAAGGAGGGGUGCCGUGACGGAGAGCACUUGCUCCCCCGUGGACCUCUCGAGUGGCCACAAGGCUGGAGACGACAUCAGCAGCACAAGGGAGCUUCCCCAGGUCCUGUCUCCCUGGUCGGAGUCCAUGUCCCAGCUGAUGAGGAAGCUAGACCAGCUCAACCUGGACAUAGAGGAUGCCCUGAGUGCUGGGUCGUCCCCCUCAGACACCCCCGCUACCACUCGCAGACACACUCCCACAGCAACCCACAACAACCCACAGCUGCGUGACGGCGUCUCAUGGAGGUCAGCCCAGUCGACCCAGUCUGCUGGCGCCAGCGGCACCCUUAGGGGACUGGACACAGGGGACUCUUUCGGACAGGACAAGGCCAUGAGCUCCAGCUCGGCCUCCGGCCCCGGAACCAGGACUCGGCCCAAGAAGACAGAGAUGUCCACCAAAAAGAGGAGCAAAGGCACAGAGAUUGAAGCAAAAGAAGCCUGUGAUUGGCUCCGGGCAGCAGGAUUCCCGCAGUACGCCCAGCUCUUUGAAGAUUCUCAGUUUCCCAUUGACAUCUCUCCUGUGAAGAAAGACCACGAUUUUCUAGACAAAGACCUGGUGGAGCCCCUCUGUCGGCGACUCAACACAUUAAACAAGUGCGCAUCUAUGAAACUCGACGUGAACCUACCGAAGAAGAAAUGCGAGGACUCUGAUGAGGACGACCUGGUGGCCAUCAGCGACAAAUGGACAUUUGAGUAUAGCAGCCGUCGUUGGUCCAGACUGCAGGACAUCGACUGUCUGCUGGGUCCAGGUGAGAGCCCGCGGGGCGGCGGUGGGCCUGGUGAGCUCGGCCUGGCCCUGCGCACCACCACCAGCAGCGAGAGCGUGUUGACGGACCUCAGCGAGCCCGAGGUGUCGUCAGUGCACAGUGAGAGCAGUGGCCACAGCGGUCACCACCACCACAGACGGGGCACGCAUAGCGGCGCCGAGGACUCGGACAGCUCGCGGCGCACGUGCUCGGACUCGGCCGCUAUCAUGCCGGACCCCACGUCGCUGGCGCUCCCGCACGGCAUGGCCCUACCGGCCGACGCUGGCCAGGGCUACGGCUCCCUGCCGGGCAAAGGGGGCAAGCGAGCGAGGGUGAAGGACUUCGUACGGCGUAUGGAAAACCUACGGUCGCGUGGGGGCAACUCCGGCAGGGGCCGCAGGCCUCCGAUAAUCAGCGGCCCAGUUUUACAGCAGGAGCCAAAGACACUACGAACACUGAAGUGUGUGGAGAUAGUGAACGGGGACGUGGGCAGGGGUCCGGAUUUGGCCCCCCGCAUCCCGAUUCUGACGAUCGUCCCGUGCCCGUCCAGCAGCGAGGGCAGCAGUAGCCAGUCCAGCGGCAGCGCGGUGAGCACGCCCAGCAUGAAGGAGCGGCGGCCCCAUCGACAUGGCGACGACAGUGGCGGCGGUGGCCGGGCGGUGCCGGACGGCAGGCGGAGUGGCAUGUACCUGGAGGACGCCGUGGACGCUCUGGUGGGGCACAACCGCCGCAACGAGUUCCGCUCCUACGAGGACCUGGUGGUGCACAUCCCCAAGGACCACAAGCCGGGCACCUUUCCCAAGGCGCUCUCCAUCGAGAGCCUCUCGCCCACCACCACCACCACCACUACCACCUCGAGCCUCCACAACGUGGCUGGCGGCGACUGGCACUCCCUGGGCAGGGCCAGCCCGGAGGUGCUCCCGCCACAGCGGCUACCCAGCCUCCGGGAGUCGCGGCCUGCCACCCAGUGCUGCACACGCGGGAGCCGCAUCAGCGUGUACGACAACGUGCCCGGCUCGCACCUGUACGCCAGUACGGGCGACCUCAUGGACAUGGAGAAGGAGGAGGACCUGUUCCCGCACCUGGACGAUAUCCUGCAGCACGUCAGCGGACUCCAGCAGAUCGUCGACCACUGGACCAAAAAUGUGUUGCCCGGCGGGGAAGUGGUGGGCGAUCGCGAGAGGUGUCAGGGAGAGGACGGAGAGGGGGCCGAGGGCGAGGGUGAGGAUAAGACACCGGACCUGCAGUCCUCCAGCCAGAUCACGCUGGACUUUGAGGCCAACUCGGUGCUGGAGGGGCAGACGACGACCAGCGACGGAGACCGCGACGGCGUGUCCCUGAAUGAGACGGAAUCCGGGGGCAUGAGGGAGCGGAGAGACUCUGGGGUCGGGGCAUCGCUCACGAGACCUAACCGGCUACGAUGGCCCAGCUUUCAGAUAUCCAAUCGCCUGAGCCAUUCGAUGGCCUCCCUGCAGAUCACCAACCAAUCAGGAGGCCAGAUGUGUCUGCUGCAGAAGUUCUCUCUCCUGCGGCUGACAGCCAUAAUGGAGAAGUACUCCCUGUCAAACAAGCAUGGCUGGACCUGGUCAGUGCCAAAGUUCAUGAAGAGGAUGAAGGUUCCCGACUACAAGGACAAGAAUGUGUUUGGGGUGCCUCUGAUUGUGCAUGUGCAAAGGACUGGUCAGCCACUGCCCCUCAGCCUUCAGCAGGCCCUGCGCUACCUCAGGAGCCAGUGUCUGGACCAGGUGGGUUUGUUCCGUAAGUCGGGGGUGAAGUCUCGCAUUCAGGCGCUGAGGCAGAUGAACGAGAACUCCCCGGAUGAUGUGAACUAUGAGGACCAGUCUGCCUAUGACGUAGCGGACAUGGUCAAACAGUUCUUCAGAGACCUUCCUGAGCCACUGCUCACAAGCAAACUUGGAGAGACUUUCCUCCAUAUCUACCAAUAUGUGCCCAAAGACCAGCGCUUGCAGGCGGUGCAAGCGGCCAUCAUGCUCAUGUCGGACGAGAACCGUGAGGUACUACAGACGCUGCUCUGCUUCCUGAGUGAUGUCACUUCCUCAGUGGAGGAGAACCAAAUGACCCCCAUGAACAUCGCCGUGUGCUUGGCCCCUUCGCUCUUCCACCUCAACAUCCUGAAGAAAGACAAUCUAUCGCCCAGGGCCAUGCAAAAGAAGUACUCCACUGGACGCCCGGACCAGAAGGACCUGAAUGAGAACCUGGCGGCCACUCAAGGCCUGGCUCACAUGAUCAUGGAGUGCAACCGGCUCUUUGAGAUUCCCCAUGAGAUGGUGACACAGUCUCGCAACUCAUACGUGGAGGCAGACCUGCACGCUCCCACCAUGGAGGAGAUGUUCAAGUCCCUGGAGGAGGACGACGGCUCCUACCAGACCCACAUGGAGCUCCGACUGCAGGGCCUCCUGAAGGAGACGCGCGAGAAGGCCAAGGGCUGGGUCUCCUGCUCCAGCCCAGACAACACCGAGCUCCACUACAAGAAGGUGGGGGAUGGGAACCCUCUGCGACAGUGGCGUGUGUCCGUGGAGGUGGAGGCCCCUCCGUCGGUGGUGCUGAACCGCGUGCUGCGAGAGCGCCACCUGUGGGACGUGGACCUGAUCCAGUGGAAGAUCCGCGAGACGCUGGACAAGCAGACCGAGGUCUACCAGUAUGUCCUCAACCGCAUGCCCCCGCACCCCAGCAGAGACUUUGUGGUGCUCAGGUCCUGGAGGACUGACCUGCCCAAAGGCACGUGUUCUCUAGUGUCUGUCUCUGUGGAGCACGAGGACUGCCCCAUGUUAGGAAUGGUGCGAGCCGUGGUGCUCGAGUCCAAUUACCUGCUAGAGCCUUGUGGGUCGGGCAAGUCCAGGCUCACGCAUAUCUGCAGAGUGGACCUCAAAGGGAGGACUCCGGAGUGGUACAACAAGGCCUUCGGGCACCUGUGUGCCGCUGAGGCCGCCCGCAUCCGCAACUCCUUCCAACCAAUCAGCGCAGACGGCCCCGAGACCAAGAUCUAGAUUGUCCCAGCACAACACAUGAAACCAUAAACUCCAAUAUUUUCAAUUUAGACGUCCUCGAUGAAUGAAUGCAUACAGGAAGGCUGUUGCACGGUUCAGAUACCUAAAUGCUCUUAGAAACCCAUAUGGGCCCAUUUUGAGCCUGUAGUUUCAUGCUUGCACAGUGAUAAAAAAGUGAGACGUCACAGUCUCUCUGGUGCUGGACACUACAUUAUAUCCACAAAGGAGCCUGAACAUCCUGCCAAUGUCUCUCUACAUCAGUGGUACUGCAUGAUGUUCACUCUGUUGUUGUUCAAUAUAUUAUUAUAUAAUAUGUAAUUAUUUGAUCUAUAAUAAUAAUAAUAUGUAAUGUAAUAAUUUCUGAAAUGUUGCUCUUAUACAAUGUAUAGGACAUUUAAAAGCUCUUAAAAGCUUCUGGGAAGCGAGUGUAUGUUAUUCAUAUUAAAGACAAAACUAUAUAAUAUGUCAGAGUAUACGGUGUUUGUGCACAUGCCUGUGUAUAUAUAUAUAUAUAUAUACUGUAUAUCUCUGUGUGUAUAUCUACAUACAUUCUGUACAAGAUGUAUAUAUUGUAGAUAUAUACCCGUGAAUAUGUAGAUUGUUUUCUUAUGAAUAUGUAGAUAUAUUUUCCCAUGUAUUGACUAUGUAUUGAUAUCUCUUUUUUGCAUUGAUAUCAUCCUGACUUGUAUGGUACAAAGCAUUACUGAUUUGUAAGCUGGUUUUACUUUAAAUAUUGUUGGAAUGUUAUUUUAUUUUAUUGUAAACCCAUGAUGUUUAAAGAUUGAAAGGAAAAUGACAUGGGUUUAGCUUUUGCCAAACCUGAUUUUGUAGUACUGGGCUACGUUUAAGAAAUGAGGUGGAAAGUGUGUUUUUUAAUUAAACUAUUAAAAACUGCAGUAAAUGAUUGACUGAU